GUUCUCAUCACUUCAUAACAUUAAAGUUGAACCACUGUAGCCACAUGAACUGUUUUAAACAUGUUUUUAGUAGCUUUCUGGGCAUCUGAUAGCGUUGAUUAUCUUGCUGUCAAGAGAGGCCUCACUGAGCCAUCAGAUUUGAUCAAAAAUAUCUUAAUUUGUGUUCCAAAGAUGAACAAAGGUCUUACGGGAGUGGAUCUACUUAAUGACAGAUAUUUUUUUCAGGGCAAACUAACCCUAUAUGGCACUUUACAUUUUUAGAGGCUGUAUAAACUAUUAUUAAAAUUGACUAACAGAUAGUCUGUUCUCUAUUCAUUUAAUAUUAUUUCUAAAUACAUCAAUUAUGUUAGAAGACAGCUCAGGAGAAAGCGAGAAUGAACCUGAGGGACAAGACAGAUCAGGAGGAAGAGAGAACGAACCUGAGGGAGAAGACAGCUCAGGAGAAAGAGAGGACGAACCUGAGGGACAAGAAAAUCAGGAGAAAGAGAGGACGAACCUGAGGGACAAGAUAGAUCAGGAGAAAGAGAGGACGAACCUGAGGGACAAGACAGAUCAGGAGAAAGAGAGGACGAACCUGAGGGACAAGAUAGAUCAGGAGAAAGAGAGGACGAACCUGAGGGACAAGACAGAUCAGGAGAAAGAGAGGAUGAACCUGAGGGACAAGAUAGAUCAGGAGAAAGAGAGGACGAACCUGAGGGACAAGACAGAUCAGGAGAAAGAGAGGACGAACCUGAGGGAGAAGACAGAUCAGGAGGAAGAGAGGACGAACCUGAGGGACAAGACAGAUCAGGAGGAAGAGAGGACGAACCUGAGGGACAAGACAGAUCAGGAGAAAGAGAGGACGAACCUGAGGGACAAGACAGAUCAGGAGAAAGAGAGGACGAACCUGAGGGACAAGACAGAUCAGGAGAAAGAGAGGACGAACCUGAGGGACAAGACAGAUCAGGAGAAAGAGAGGACGAACCUGAGGGACAAGACAGAUCAGGAGGAAGAGAGGACGAACCUGAGGGAGAAGACAGAUCAGGAGGAAGAGAGGACGAACCUGAGGGAGAAGACAGAUCAGGAGGAAGAGAGAACGAACCUGAGGGAGAAGACAGAUCAGGAGGAAGAGAGGACGAACCUGAGGGAGAAGACAGCUCAGGAGAAAGAGAGGACGAACCUGAGGGACAAGAUAGAUCAGGAGAAAGAGAGAACGAACCUGAGGGAGAAGACAGAUCAGGAGGAAGAGAGGACGAACCUGAGGGAGAAGACAGCUCAGGAGAAAGAGAGGACGAACCUGAGGGAGAAGACCGAUCAGGAGGAAGAGAGAACGAACCUGAGGGAGAAGACAGCUCAGGAGAAAGAGAGGACGAACCUGAGGGACAAGACAGCUCAGGAGGAAGAGAGAACGAACCUGAGGGAGAAGACAGCUCAGGAGGAAGCAAACAAAAUGAAGGAAUUCAGGAAGAAAGCAGCUCGGGACUUAACCAAGUUCAAGGGGGAUUCCUGGUGGAAAGUGUUUUAAAAGUUUCAGACUCUCAUCAAGCAAAAAUAUACCUGGUCACAUUGGAUGAACUACAGAGGAGGUGCUCUCCUCCAGAGAGUUACUCAGCAAACACUGUUGUGGCUUAUCUACGGAAGGCCAAGGGACAAAAAACGAAAAUCACAGAGAAGUUGGCAGAGUUGGAGGUGAAUCCCUC